CAAAAGGCGGGACAAGCGCAGCCGCCGCCGCCACCACCACCACUACCACCAGCACUCCAGGCAGUAUGGGCAAGACUAUCGACCACAGCAUCGUGACCCUUGUCGGCGCCCACUCUGCCGAAAAAAAAGGGAUAGCACGGGACCUGACAAGUGAGCGAGGGGCAGUGCGGCACAGCAGCAUAUCGGACAAAGAAAGAAAAGAAGCUAGGCCGGUCGCCCACCCUGCAUGUUGGUACAAGUCUCGCCGCAGUUUUGUGGCGGCUGGCUGGCUGUUCCACUAUUCUUUCUCCCAUCAUGUGUGUCUCUGCUCGUCCCUCUCCUGUGGUGGCUCUCGAUCACCGUGCAUGAUGAUGGAUCGUAGUCUGGACCGUGGGCGGCAUGGUAUAGAUUGGUAUGCGUUUGUGUGGUGCACGCGGGGCGAGAGGGAACCUGCACGCGCGUCCACGUUUCGUCGUCCUUCCCCCCGUUCCUCGUUGCGGCGGCCCCGGCCGGCAAGGAUCUGGGGGAGCGGGGCAAAAGAUUGCUGGGGUAAAGACGGCAGGGCAGGCAUAGAAUAAUAUGGCAGUGACCGGCACGGCAGGGAGGAGGAGCAACAGUCCGGAGUAGUGAGAUGAGGGCACAUGAGCCGAAGACUCUCUAGUCGAGAAGGACACAGCGGGGGAGGGGGCC